AGACAAACAGUUAAAGCAGAAAAGGUUCAGUUCAGUCUCUCAACAUGUCUGCUGAUUCUCCUGCUGCUCCAGAUCUGAGCCUGAAUGUCAGAUACACCAGAAAAGUCCAAGAGAACAGAGAAGAGGAGGAAGAGGAGCAGGUGGAGAUCUCAGAGGAUGAAGAGCACCAGGCUGAUCUCAGGUCACACGAAGCCAAUCCACACACUCACAACAACCCUGUAGCUGUGAAGAGAAGUGUGUUUCAGUGCUGCUACAGUGACUCUGGGAGUGAUGUAUCUUCUGAUAAUUGCUGGACUCUACACUCGCUAUAUUUCAGUUACUUUGGAAAAAGACGAGUUGAAGACCAGAUACGACCAACUGAACAACAGCUACAGCCAGCUCCAAGAACUGAUGUCAAUCGACUACAGUCAGUUACAGAGCAGCUACAAAAUACUGAGAGAAAAUCACAGCCAGUUACAGGAAGAAGUGAAGCAGCUGAGGGACAAAAUUGAAGGUAAAUGGUGUCCUGAUGGAUGGAGGAGAUUUGGAGGCAGUUGUUACUUUAAAUCUGAUGAGAAGGAAAGUUGGGAAGGAAGCAGAGAUUACUGUCGGCAGAGAGGAGCAGAUCUGGUGGUUAUAAACAGCAAAGAGGAACAGAAGUUUGUCACUGAGCUGAGUGUGGACGGAGAGUCCUGGAUUGGACUACAACUAAAAUGGACAGAAGGGGAACAUGCUAAAUGGGAAUGGGUGGACACAUCACCUCUGACAGAAAUGUUCUGGACACCAGGACUGCCUGAGUAUAGUUUAUACCGACAGGCUGUAACAUGCUGCAAUCAACAAGGACAAUGGACGCAAAGCCUAUCUGAGCCUGAAUGUCAGAUACACCAGAAAAGUACAAGAGAACAGGAAGAGGAGGAAGAGGAGCAGGUGGAGAUCUCAGAGGAUGAAGAGCACCACGCUGAUCUCAGGUCACACGAAGCCAAUCCACACACUCACAACAACCCUGUAGCUGUGAAGAGAAGGUGUUUCAGUGCUGCUACAGUGACUCUGGGAGUGAUGUAUCUUCUGAUAUUCGCUGGACUCUACACUCGCUAUAUUUCAGUCACUUGGGAAAAAGACGAGCUGCAGACCAGGUACGACCAACUGAGCAACAACUACAGCCAACUCCAAGAACUGAUGUCAAGAAAGAACGCAGUCGACUGCAGUCAGUUACAGAGCAGUUAUGAAGCGCUGAGUAGAAAUCAGAGUCAGUUACAGGAUGAAGUGAAGCAGCUGAGGGACAAAACUGAAGGCAAAUGGUGUCCUGAUGGAUGGAGAAGGUUUGGAUGCAGCUGUUACUUUAAAUCUGAUGAGCAGAAAAGUUGGGAGGGAAGCAGAGAAGAGUGUCAGCAGAGAGGAGCAGAUCUGGUGGUUAUAAACAGCAAAGAGGAACAGAAGUUUGUCAUUGAGCUGAAUGUGCGCGGAGACUCCUGGAUUGGACUAUGGGAAAUACUGACAGACAGAGAAUAUAUAUGGGAGUGGGUGGACGGAUCACCGCAGGCACAAACGUUCUGGGCACCAGGACUGCCACAGGAUGACAACUACAGGCAGGCGGCAACGUGCUGCAACCAACAAGGACAGUGGACACAAAGUGACUAUUUUAUAGAUAAGAGCUGGAUCUGUGAGAAAUAGAUGUUUCGUCUUCUUUGAUGAGUAUGGGUGGUGUUGG